UUUCCCAAAAAACCCUUGCUGGGGUUUUUGGAACAAAAUUCAAUCGCAGAGACGAACAAUCCAAGUAUCCAAAUCCCAUUUUCACCUUCACUUCACUUCACUUUCACAAAGUAGAAUCUCCAACGGAGGUUUUGGCCCAAGUGUUUUCACCGCCUAUGGCAGCCGCCAACCAUCUUUGGAACUCCGCAGCUGCUGCUGUGGUCGCAUUCCCACUACUGAAGCCUCUUAGCAAUAGCAAAGGCGGAGUGCCAAAGCGAAUGGUGAUUUGCGCCUGCACCCUGGACUCCAAGUCCGCCGACCAAGUAUUUUCGGUCACGUCUUCCAGCAAGUUCGAGGUCGACUAUCUCGGGCAGAGCACCAAAGGGGACUUGAAUCUCAACUGGGACCAUCUUCAAGCUCUUGUCGAUGGUCAGGCUACUCUAGAGGGUCCCAUUGAGGAGGUAGCCAGGAUAGAAGCUGAAGAAGCUGAGCAUUUGCUUACUGACUUGGGUAUUCCGAGUCCCUCUUCAGCAAGGACUUCGCCCCGUGGUAUCUUUUGUAGCCGGACCUUAAAUCUCCGGUCCAUUAGUGCCAUUGGAUAUGACAUGGAUUACACCUUGAUGCAUUAUAAUGUCAUGGCAUGGGAAGGGCGAGCUUAUGAUUAUUGCAUGGACAAUCUAAGGAACGUAGGUUUCCCUGUUGAUGGACUUGCAUUUGACCCAGACUUGGUCAUUCGAGGUCUUGUCAUAGACAAGGAGAAAGGAAAUUUGGUUAAGGCUGAUCGAUUUGGUUACGUACAGAGGGCCAUGCAUGGCACAAGAAUGCUAUCUACUCGUGCUGUCAGUGAGAUAUAUGGGAGGGAACUCGUGGAUCUUCGGAAGGAGAGUCGAUGGGAGUUCCUCAAUACUCUCUUCUCUGUUUCAGAAGCCGUGGCCUACAUGCAGAUGGUCGAUAGAUUGGAUGAGGGAGCCAUAGCUGCAGAACUUUGUCCACUUGAUUAUAAAGGACUUUACAAGGCUGUUGGAAAGGCUCUUUUCAGGGCACAUGUAGAAGGUCAGCUUAAGCAUGAAAUAAUGUCCAAGCCUGAACUUUUUGUCGAGCCUGAUCCGGAAUUACCUUUAGCACUUUUGGAUCAAAGAGAGGCAGGUAAAAAGCUUCUUCUUAUUACAAACUCCGACUAUCAUUACACUGACAAGAUGAUGCAGCAUUCCUUUAAUAGAUUCCUUCCCAAUGACAUGGGCUGGAGAGAUCUAUUUGAGAUGGUAAUAGUCUCAGCAAGGAAGCCAGAGUUCUUCCAAAUGUCACACCCAUUGUAUGAGGUGGUGACUGAUGAGGGCUUAAUGCGUCCAUGCUUUAAAGCUCGUGCUGGGGGAUUGUACUCCGGGGGAAGCGCUCAGAUGAUUGAGAGUUCCCUAAAUAUUCACGGAGAUGAAAUAUUAUAUGUCGGUGACCAUAUUUACACUGAUGUAAGUCAAUCCAAAGUUCAUCUACGAUGGCGAACAGCAUUGAUUUGUCGAGAACUGGAAGAAGAGUAUAGUGCUUUAAUUGGCAGUCAGGGUCAUCGAGCGGGAUUGAUAGAGCUUAUUAAUCAAAAGGAGGUUGUCGGAGAUCUCUUUAACCAACUCCGGCUUGCGCUGCAAAGGCGAAGUAAAGGACGUCCUGCCCAGACUAUUGCUGCAACUAACAUGAAUGAUCAAGAACUCAUGGAUAGCAUGCAAAAGUUACUUAUUGUAAUGCAAAGACUCGACCAGAAAAUUGGUCCAAUGUUAGAAGCAGAUGGGGAAUUGUUCAACAAAAGGUGGGGCUUUCUUUCACGUGCCGGGCUGUGGGAUAAAAGCCACUUGAUGAGGCAAAUUGAGAAGUAUGCCGAUAUAUACACCUCUAGGGUCUCGAAUUUCCUGAAUUAUACACCAUUCAUGUACUUUCGAGCACAAGAACAGACACUUGCCCAUGAUUCGUAUUCUGUUAAUGGAUCUGCUGUUGACAACUAGGUCCUGUUUGCUGUUGUCAUCUUUAUUAUAAGAUGUCUGAAGGUAGUAUGAAUUGUCAUUAAAGUUGGUGAUGGUGAUGACAAUUAAAACACCAAGGCGAUGUUUGGAAAAUAUUUACAAGCGAAAUGUGGGAAACAGCUCAAUGUAGUUCGAAUUUGUAUGCAUUGGCUUUUAGACAGGCCUGUGACUUGUCUCAUGUCAGUAGCAAGGGAAUCCAUCUCCUUUCGGUUUUUAAGGCUCAUGUCGUUUUGUUU